AUGGUAGCUUCAGCUGGAAAUACGCCUACUGGGCCUUCGAGGAUGCCAACUCCUCAAACGCCAUUCUCGAGGAAAAGUACCCCCGAUCAUUCUCAACCUAGACACAACUAUGCACCAAACGCAUCUGUCGCGCUCAUCGGCAUGCGAGGCAGCGGCAUGUCAACGCUAGCGGUCAUGGCUUCGAGCGCCUUGGGUUUUCGAGUUCUAGAUGCGGAUCAAUACUUCUACAAGGCCACAGGGCUUUCUAGAGCAGUAUACAAAGCGACUCACGGCAUAUCUCAAUACCGACAAGAGGAGUUGAGACUAAUGAGAUCCAUGCUCUUCGACAAUCCGACCGGCGCAGUCAUCGUGUGCGGUCCCGGUGUUGUUGAAGGUACGGGAAAGGAAUGGCUUGCCGAGUAUGCCAAGGAUCAUCUCAUCAUUUACAUUCUUCGAGACGCUGAAGAGAUUCAACGGCAUCUGAGAGUAUUCGACGUGGAAACUAUUCGGGAUCUCACACGUCGUGCAGCACCAGCUUACCGGAAUCUGUCAAGUUUUGAGUUCUACAACAUCUCAGAUAUGUCGCUAUACAGACUAGAUACUGCAACCCCACGUGGCGAUAUAUCGCCUAGGGCUCUUGCACUCAAAAAAGUAGAAGAAGACUUUCUGCAGUUGAUAUACAGCAUCACAAGGCGAGACGACUGCUACAGCAAGUACAAAGCAAAGAACAGUCUUUCUUCCAUACCACUGGAGACAAGAAAGUUUACCUAUUCUUUAUCCUUGCCACUGUCAACGCUCAGCACGCUGAUUACUGAGUUUCGCGGACUGGACACGGAAGCAGAUGCUCUUGAACUCACAAUACCGGCUAUCAGUCUCGGAAAUGAGGUCAACAGCAAGGACACUGCCACAGAUAAAAUCAGCAGGCAUUUCUUCGUCGUCAGGAGAAAUAUACGACUUCCAAUUAUAUACCAUAUCGAUACAUACGGAAGUGAAAGGAGGAUCUCCGAGGAUGAGUACUUUGAGCUUCUACAUCAUGGGCUCCGCCUGGCUCCGGAGUACCUCUGUGUCGAUCUCAAAUGCGACACAGCCAAGAUCCAGAACCUCAUUGCAUCUAAAGGCCAAACGAAGGUCGUCGCACACUAUAUCGUUUCAGACCCAGCAGAAGAUGGCUGGAACUUACCAAAACAAUGGGCCAUGAUUGAGCGAGCUCAAAGUCUCGGAUGCGACAUCAUCCGUGUCUGUCAAGAGGCGAGGUCCAUGGAAGACAACUUCGCCGCCCAACACUUUAUCCAUCGAGUCAAAUCGUCGCCAGAUCACGCCAUACCUUUAAUAGCAUACAACACUGGCCGCCUUGGACGUAUGUCCUGCUAUCUCAAUCCCAUCCUCAGCCCGGUUACGCACCCACUGGUCCGAAGGUUGGUACCCAACUGUCCAUCAAACGCUCUUCUUACUGUGCAAGAAGCGCAGAAAGCAGUCUUCUCAUCCUUUCUUCUCGACGGCCAGUAUUUUGGCAUCUACGGGAAUUGCACAUCAAAGAGUCUGUCACCGGCUAUGCACAAUGCUGCCUUUAAGCUCUUGGGAAUGCCGCACCGAUACAACAUCUUCCUUCACGAGUCGUUGGACCAGCUGUUUGAACUUGUUAAGGACAACACUUUCGGAGGUGCGAGUAUAACUGCACCAUUCAAAACGAGUAUAAUACCCAGGCUUGACUUUUUGAGUGAAGAGGCAAAGGCCAUUGGAGCUGUGAACACUCUUUUAUGUCUGAAAAAGCCUGCUAUGGACUCUUUACUUGACAGAAAUACGGCUGGACCAACAGUAGCUCUUUUUGGUGAGAACACUGAUUGGAUUGGUAUUCAUACCUGCGUUCAACGAAAUCUAUCUCCUAUCAAUGCUGUCAGAAGACGGACGACAGGGCUAAUCAUAGGCGCUGGAGGCAUGGCUCGUGCUGCUGCGUACGCACUCAUUAGACUCGGUGUUCAGACGAUUCUCAUUCACAAUCGAACUCGUUCCAGGGCAGAAGAACUGAUCAAGCAAUUCGAUAACCAACAUAAGAACGAAAGUAGCAAUACUGCGUCGGAUUGCACCGAGAUAGGGAGCGGAAGUCAUGACCAUCCUUUGUUUAGAGUCAUCACUUCGAAAGACGACGCAUGGCCUGAAGAUCUAAGCCUACCAACAAUUGUAGUCUCGUGCGUGGCAACGCGAGAGAUCGAUGGGGAGUGCUCAGCAGACACAAGUCUCCCAGAUCAUUGGCUUUCAAGCCCAACAGGUGGCGUCGCAAUCGAGGUAAGCAUUGACGGUUCCGAUUAA